CCGGUCUGCUCUGCCACCGCCGCUUUUCCGUCUGAUAGGACGGGAGCACUCUCCUGCAAUUUAGGUCAUCACCCAGAAACGUGCGUCUCGAGUGGGGAGCGCCAGGCUGCCCUGCCUUGCCAGUGUCGCUGCGUCCACGUUCGAGAGCGCUCACUAUUCGUCCCUAUCCUUGAACUGUUUUUGCAGUAUUUUUCAUCAUGAGGUUGGUGAUUUUGGAUUCCUCCAGUGAAGUAGCCAAUUGGUCUGCAAAAUAUGUUCUGAAGAAGAUAACACAAUUCAAACCCGGUCCAGAUAAUUACUUCGUCCUAGGCCUUCCAACUGGUGGCACUCCUCUUGGCAUGUACAAAAAGCUAAUUGAAUUUCACAAGGCAGGACGCAUAUCAUUCAAAUAUGUGAAGACUUUUAACAUGGAUGAGUAUGUUGGUUUACCUAGAGAUCAUCCUGAAAGUUACCAUUAUUACAUGUGGAACAAUUUCUUCAAACACAUAGAUAUUGAUCCAAAAAAUGCUCAUGUACUAGAUGGUAAUGCACCAGACCUAAAUGCCGAAUGUGAAAGCUUUGAAAGAUUAAUAAAGGAAGCUGGAGGUGUUCACUUGUUCAUUGGAGGUAUUGGACCUGAUGGCCAUAUUGCAUUUAAUGAACCUGGCUCAUCUUUGGCUUCACGAACUCGUGUUAAAACCCUUGCUCAAGACACCCUGGAGGCCAAUGCUCGCUUUUUUGACAACGAUAUGUCCAAAGUUCCUAAGCAAGCUCUCACUGUUGGAGUUGCAACAGUAAUGGAUGCCCAAGAGGUAAUGAUUUUAAUUACUGGCACACACAAGGCUUUUGCUUUGUACAAGGCUAUAGAGGAAGGUGUGAAUCACAUGUGGACUGUGUCUGCGUUCCAACAGCACCCCCACACUUUGAUGAUAUGUGAUGAAGAUGCUACCUUGGAGUUGCGUGUCAAAACAGUGAAAUAUUUCAAGGCUUUAAGUGCAGUUCACCAUCGUCUUAUAGAGGAAAACAGUAAUUAGCAACAAUAGACUUCAAGGGCAUACUGAAGGAAUUUGUCUUUGGUACAUAGUCGACUCAUAGAAGAAGAUUCUUAAGGCCUAAAUUACACAAAUUUUAAAUGUGUGUUUUUCUAUGCUCUUUUAGAUAUUGAUGGAUGUAUGCCCACUUUGUCUCUGGAAUAUUACAAGGUGUUUGGUUGUCAUUUAAUUGUUGUAACAUUUCUAAAUUUUUCUUUAUCCUUUUGUUAUGAUAGAGUGUUUGCAUGUGAUAAGCUUUUGAGGCAAAACUCUCGCCCAGUUUUAAUCUAAUCUAGCACCGUUGUGAAGUAAAAUUCCAUUAACAAAUAGACUGACAUAUUGCCUCAAAAAGUGUCAAUAAUUCAUUCAUUGCCGUACAUUUGUAUUGUUGCUGGAAACCUUAACUGGAAGUCAGUCUGAUUUACAUAAGUUAUUGUUACAAAUUUUUAUAAAAAGUUUUUUCUAAUUAAUCAACAUUUUAUUGAUAUAGUUUUUUGCUGAAACACGUUUUGAUCUUUUUAAUAUGUAUGAUUAUUGCCUCUAAAUCUGUUAAUGGCUGUUAACUUUAAAUAAAAUUUUAUUUUUUAUCUAA